AUGAGAAUCAAAUCAUAACCUUAAAAACAUUAGGAAGACUUCUUAGAAACUAUUGACAUUUUAAGCAUUGAUCAAUCUUCAAAUCCAGAAUCUAAUAAUCAAAAUUAAAAUUGUUAACAAGAACCCUUAUAUGAAGUUGAAUCCAUAAUAAUGAAAAAAAUUAAUAAAGAAGAAUCAUAAUAUUUAGUCAAAUGGAAAGGAUAUUCAGAAUUGACUUGGGAACCUCUUUCUAAUCUAUAAGAUUGUUAAUUACUUCUUGAUGAAUUUGAUCAAUAAUAAACAUCUAAUAAUGUUAUUAUAACUACAAAAUGUGUAUCUAAGAAAGCCAUUACUAAAUCAAAGAAAAAAUCAAAGAAAUCUAAAAAGACUAGAACCUUUGAAAAUCAAGAUUAAAUAUAAUCAUUCGAAAAUUUAGGCAGAACUAUUAAAAUUAAUGGAAUUACAAACUAAUAAUUGAAAGUACAAUCUUAUUUUUAUAUAUAUUUAGGUUAAUUUCAAAAAAUCAAAAAAUGAUUAACCUAAAUCAUCCUGGAUUAAUAUUAAUGAAUUACAUCAAAUUGCUCCUUAAAAGCUUAUUUAAUUCUAUGAAUCACUGCCUGCUAUUUAAGCAUUAUUUAAAUCAAAAAUUACAGCAUCCAAUUUAAGUACACAAUAAUAAUGA